AACAAAGAAGAUAGAAGUUUAUUGACUAUAUCGUAAGGGAGCCGCGAGCAGGACUGCAUGGAAGAGGCUGCACGGAGGCCGUGAAUGGGCCUGUUUUUAAAGGGGAAAGUUGAGGAGGUGUGGCCACGUAUGGAAUUCAUUCCUUGGCAACUGUGCCUAGUGGUAAGUAGCUCAUUGGUCGGUUAGGGCCACUAAAUAUCUCGAGAUGGGUCGCCUGAUGGGCCGAUAUGUAUUCUGCGUUCCGUUGCUCAAGCCUGUGUGCCUAAAAGCGGUCUCCCCAGGGCACACACAACUUUCUUUACUUUUGACUCCCAUUUCUUUCCUUUCUUCAAAGCUGAGUAUAGUUUGGGGGGACACGCGGGGUUUCAACGCGGAGGAUUUUCGUGCUGUGUUUUGUGCGGCUAACAAACGCUCCUGCUUUGGCGGCUGUUAGACCUGUGCACGUGGUGUGCCUUUCUCGUUCAGUUCUGUUGGCUGGCUCCAGCGUUAAUACAGGUGUACGGAACAUCCAGGUUUAAUUCAUUCAAAAGGACGAAUAUCAUACUGCAACAUUUGAGAAGGUCUAUGCACAUGGAUGCAGCAGGAGAAGUACUACUGGAAAGAAGAGGUUGUGCAGGAGUGAUAACACUAAACAGACCAAAGUUCCUAAAUGCAUUAAACCUUAAUAUGAUUCGGCACAUUUAUCCACAACUAAAGAAUUGGGAACAAGAUCCUGAAACUUUCCUGAUCAUUAUAAAAGGAGCUGGUGGAAAGGCUUUCUGUUCUGGGGGUGAUAUCAGAGUGAUCUCAGAAGCUGGAAGGGCAAACCAGAAGAUAGCUCAAGAUUUCUUUAGAGAAGAAUAUAGGCUGAACAAUGCCAUUGGUUCUUGCCAGAAACCAUAUGUUGCACUUAUUCAUGGAAUUACAAUGGGUGGGGGAGUUGGUGUCUCAGUUCAUGGGCAAUUCCGAGUGGCUACUGAGAAGUCUAUUUUUGCAAUGCCAGAAACAGCAAUCGGACUCUUCCCUGAUGUGGGUGGAGGUUAUUUCUUGCCACGACUUCAAGGAAAACUUGGUUACUUCCUUGCGUUAACAGGAUUCAGACUGAAAGGAAGAGAUGUGUAUGCAGCAGGAAUUGCGACACAUUUUGUGGAUUCUGAAAAGUUGGGCAUGUUAGAAGAAGAUUUGAUAGCCCUAAAAUCACCUUCAAAAGAAAAUAUUGCGGAUGUCUUAGAAGCUUACCAUACAAAGUCCAAGAUUGAUCAAGACAAGUCUUUUAUACUUGAGGAACACAUGGACAAAAUAAACAGUUGCUUCUCAGCCAAUACUGUGGAACAGAUUAUUGAAAAUUUACAGCAAGAUGGUUCAUCUUUUGCCUUAGAACAGUUGAAGGUAAUUAAUAAAAUGUCUCCAACAUCCCUAAAGAUCACACUAAGGCAACUCAUGGAGGGGUCUUCAAAGACCUUGCAAGAAGUAUUAAUUAUGGAAUAUCGGCUGAGUCAAGCUUGUAUGGGAGGCCAUGACUUUCAUGAAGGUGUUAGGGCAGUUUUAAUAGAUAAAGACCAGAGCCCAAAAUGGAAACCGGCUAAUCUAAAAGAAGUUACUGAAGAAGAUUUGAAUAGUUACUUUAAAUCUCUGGCAAGUAACGAUUUGAAAUUAUAAAGUGGCUGGAUUUUUAAGGGAUUAUUUUGGAGCAGAUGUUGGCAAACUAUGGCACAUGGGCCAGAUCUGGCCUGCUGCCUGUUAUUUAUUUUUCCACCAGCUAAGAAUGGUUUCUGCAUUUUUAAAUGGUUAGAGGAAGAAAGCAAAUACUAAUAUUACAUGAUGUGUGAAAAUUACAUGAAAUUCAAGUAUCAGUGUCCACAAAUGAAGCUUUAUUGGAACGUAACUAUACUCAUCUCUACAUAUUUUCUAUGGGUGCUUUGAGUAGUUGCAACAGAGAUUGUCAGGCUAGCAAAGCCUAAAAUAUUUACUGUGUGAUCCUUUGCAGAAAAUGUUUGCCAACCCCUGCUUUAUAGAUGGGAAAAUUUGAAAUUCUUUAGAGAUUGUGGAGUUGAAAUCUCUAAUUGAAAUGGGAACCUUAUGUUUUGGCUUUGGGUAGUAGUUUGUACAUUGAUUAAAUAAACCUAUAUAUAGAUGAUUAAGAAA